GAAGAGCUUUAUCGAUAAUAACACUGUCAUCACCAUUGGCAUUUGAUUUCGAGUUUCAAGCAAUGUUGUAUCGUCUAAAGUAAUUACACACAAACGAUGUGCGAUUUUGACGCCUUGUGGGCGGAUGUACUGAGAAUCUUUCCAGUUUUGGGCGGAGCGAGCGCCAUAUCCAAUGACCCGGUUGAUGAGAAGGUAUUCCAAAAUGUUCGCCAGCACCUGAAUAUGUUGGGGAGCAUAGACACCUUUGCGGCGCUGGUGGACCUGGAAAUCCAGUCGGCCAUUCGGAAUGUCCUGGUGCCCAAGUUCUGGAAGCACUUCCAUGCCGGCUUGGUCUCGUCUGAAUUGCAGGGCGGGAUUAACGACCGAGCUCUGGCCAUAGAAGCCCUGCCCGAUAAGAACCGAUUAUUCACCCAGUUCAUAGAUGCCAUCAAUGAGCUGCACGACGGCUUUCAGAGCCUGAUGCAGGUGAAGCCCAGGCUGAUCCAGCUAGUUGGUACUGGGGGAAAGCCCGCUGCUAAAACGGUAAAGCUUAUGCAGGAGGAUGGCAUCAAGAACAGCUUAAGGGACUCCUUGCUGGCUCAACUGCCACCCACUUUCAGUGUGGUCGUUGGGGCAUUCUACUGGGUGCACUUUAAGCUCUUUACCAAGGCCUCAAAUCUCGCUUUGACCACAGUUGACUCGGAUGUUUUUGAUGAGCUCCUCUGCAUUGGCUGCAACUUCGACGCAGAGCAGUGCUGCUGCCAAAGGCUGACGGAUAUGGUUAACAAGACCAACAUGAAACUCUUCGAAAUGAACCUCAUAGACCGUCUAACUGGGAGUGCUCUGACGGCUCUCAUCAAGCUGAAAAUCAAGGAGCACAUUAACGACACAUGCAUGGGAAUUUUCGACAGAAGUCAUCUUAAGCAGCUGGAAACUUGGCUGUCGGACGUUAUAAUGUCCUGGCUGACAAACAUAUUCACGGAGUGGAAGUCUAAGGACAGCAUAAGCGAUAUCGAAGUUCCCGAGUCUGUAAAAUCCUUCAAAGUUAAACUGACUUACUUUAUGUACGAGACCUUUGCGCAAAGCGUUAUUGGUCAGUUCUUCAGCAUUAUAAUUGACUAUCCAGAUUCUAUACCGGCUAUAGAUGACUUGAAGAUCUGCAUGGAGAAAAUUGAUAUGAGAGUCUACCUCACUGAAUCCCUUAGGAGUUCGCUAGAGGCAAGGAUUCUGCAUCCUGGAGUCAACACCAUGGACAUAUUGACCGGUUACGUGGCAGCCAUCAAAGCUAUUCGCCAUCUGGAUAGCACGGGAGUCAUCUUAGAGAUGGUAACGGCACCAAUCAAAGAUUACCUGAGGAAACGAAACGACACAGUGCGACGCGUAGUCACUGGGCUGACUGAAGAGGGACCCACGGACUUGUCCGAGGAACUCGCUAAGGGAGAAUCAAUUAAGGAAUGCAAGGACUCGGGUGCCGAUGAGUUCAGCAACUGGGAAAAUUGGGAGCCGGAUCCGUUUGGAAUAGAUGCCAGCAUCAUGCAGUACAACAGCUCGCGGAAGAUGAGGUCGGCUGACAUUAUAUCGAUGGUGGUUGACAUAUACGGCAGUAAGGAGUUGUUCAUGACAGAAUAUCGCAAUCUAAUGGCAGAUAGACUGCUGGCCCAGUUAGAUUUCAAUUCCGAAAAGGAAAUUCGAAAUCUGGAACUGCUCAAGAUCCGAUUUGGGGAAUCACUACUGCACAGCUGUGAGGUGAUGUUGAAAGACGUAACAGAUUCCAAGCGAAUUAACGCGCACAUCCACAGCGAUGGCAACCGAACUGAAAAUCAGUUAUUCGAAAUCUCCUCGCUAAUUGUUUCUGCCCAGUUUUGGCCGUCCUUCAAUAAAGAAAGCCUCCAACUUCCUGAGGAGAUUGAGAAUGAGUUCAAGAAGUACACCAAAGCCUAUGAGGCUUACAAGGGUAACCGCACGCUGAACUGGCGUACAGUGACUGGUCGUGUAAAUAUUGAAAUCGAGAUCGGAGACAGAACCAUGGAAAUGGUUGUGAGCCCCAUUUUGGCGGUCAUUAUAUACCACUUCCAAACUAAGAAUGAAUGGACUAUCGAGGAUCUAAGCUCCAUUACGAAAGUUCCACCCUCUGCACUGCGACGCCGUCUGAGUUUUUGGCAAAACCACGGACUGAUCUCGGAAACGACACCCGGAGUUUUCACUCUGUUGGAAAAGGAAUCGGAAAAGUCUCAGUUCGAGGACAUGAGCCUCGCAGAAGCUGACGAAGAGGAUUUGGAAUCCGCAAUGGCUUCGGCCAGCGAUCAAAGGGAAGAGGAACUCCAAGUUUUUUGGUCCUAUAUUGUUGGAAUGCUCACGAAUCUGGACUCCAUGCCAAUUGACCGAAUCCACCAGAUGCUGAAGCUGUUUGCCUCCCACAGCGGCGGAGUGGAGUUUACUCAGGAAGAGCUGAAACACUUUUUGCAGCGAAAAGUCAGAGAGCACAAGCUUAUAUUCUCGGGUGGAGUUUAUCAAUUGGCAAAAUAAGUUGCGGAGAUUACCAAAACCAAGUUGCAAACGACUGAAGAAAUCAUGAAAUAAAUAAUGAAUGAACGUGAUAACGUUUAUGAAA